GGGGGCUGUUGGCCGAACAGUCCGGAGGGGAAAGCGAAGCCGAGCGCAGAGGGAGCGGCGAGGUCCCGACCGAUCCAGCAAGUAGCCGAGGCCGCGGGGAGACCUUGCCGACACCUCCUGGCCAGAAGGGAGGGCAGCGGCCGAGCCAGCGCCUCGGGGCGAAGUGCCUGUCCCCGAGCGCCGGCGAAGCGGGGCGGUCUCCAGCUGCCCCAGCCACCUCUCCGCGCCGCCAGCUUCGCCUCCUGACAGGACAGGAAUGUCGAGCUCCCCGCUGAAGGAGCGCCGCUCGCCGGUGGGGCUGGAUUGCUGCAGCUGCUGCCUGGAUCUGGCCAACGGCCCCCUCGGCUACAACAGCCAUUUGAGCGCCCUCCUCCAGCUGCGCGAGCAACUGGCGUGCGAGAGCCUCGGAGCCGCCUCCGAGCUGAGGCGCCUCAUGCGGCAGGACUCCCUGGAGCCGGUGGUGCGCGACCCCCGUUACCUUCUCAGCCGCGGGAUCUGCAACCGGAACAUCGACCAGACGCUGCUCUCCAUCCUGCUCUUCUUCCACAGCGCGUCCGGGGCCAGCGUGGUCGCCAUCGACAACAAGAUCGAGCAGGCCAUGGAUCUGGUCAAGAAUCACCUGAUGUACGCCGUGCGAGAGGAGGUGGAGGUCCUGAAGGAGCAGAUCAAGGAGCUGGCAGAGAAGAACUCCCGCCUGGAGCUGGAGAACAGCUUGCUGAAGAACCUGGCCAGCCCUGAGCAGCUGCAGAAGUUCCACUCCCACCUGCCCCUGGAGGCUCCAGCCGGCCCCGAGGAGAAGAGCCCAUGUGCCCCAGCCCAACACAGGGCGGGCUCUGCAGUGUAAGGUGGCUCUGUCCAUGGGGUGGGCAGAGCCACGGAACUGUUUCAACUUGAUCUCCAAGCGAAUGUGGUUUCCUCGCAUCUUCUUUGGAGGACUCCAGAGGGGGCCCUUCACCUGCGGCCCCUUCCUUGGGUUGGCCAGAGACACUCCUGAGAAAAAGGAGUAAGGCUGCUCUGGCGUUGCUGCGGGCGUAUGGCUGCUCCCCACUAGAGGAGAGAAACUGCUGAAGGUGGGGGCACCGACAGCUGGCUAAGAAGAAUCCAGUUGGAGGUUUUUGUCAAGCUGCUCAGAGAAAAGGUGGCCCCCAUCUCUCCGGGGAUAGGAACGGGGCCCCUGCCCCUCACUAGCCCUCUUGCUCCAAGAGCCAGGCGUCUGUGUGCAGCACCCACCUGUUGCCAACUUGGGCAUGUGGGGAGCUGCCACGAUGCGGACUAGAAUGAGGACUGUAAGCCAGAGGACAGGGGCUUCUCCUGCUGUGGUUUGUCCGUUGACACUUGUAUACUGACAACGGGGGGGGGGGAGAGAAAGACAUCCUCUCCUUUAUCGAUGUUCCCUGCAGCCCCUGGAUCUGUCGAUGGGGACAAAAGAGGAGCAGGAGGAGGGGGCUAGGGGGCUCUCUCUCACACGCACCCCUGGGAGGGGAAGCUUGCUUCUGUAGCGCACUCUGAGGAUGGGUGCAUAAUGAGAUAAUGCAAUAAAUUUUGUUGUACA